AUGGAUGCCUUCUCAACACAUGACAGCAUUGAUUAUUCUCCUGCGAAACGGAGUUAUAUUGGCACACACAAGCUGUCUAAUGUGCAUGGGCGUAACGGCAUCAAUGCCACCGACCUUGCCUCCACUAUCUCAGCCCUUGAAAUCGACUAUGUCGACGUUGUAGAAACCUUUGUGGAAAAGAACAGGGCAAAGGUCCACGUGAACGAUAAAGUCUACGGGCCCCUUGCUGUAGCUGCGGCCAAGGGAUUCUCGGAGAUAUGCAAGUUUCUGCUCCAACAGGGAGCACAAAUCAAUGUGGACGAGAACUCCAUUUCUGUUUCUUUGGUUCUUGCUGCUGCAAACGGAAACAAAGACACGGUUGCUCUUCUGCUUCAAUCCGGAGCAAAUUGGGAGUCGAAUCUAAGCCCAGGGAUGACUCGGGGACUGAAAAAGGAAGGGAACCUGGACAGAGAGAUACUUCGGUAG